AUGUCUAACACAGUAGAUACGUCCAAGUUGGCUUUGAUCCCUCAGGGGGCGGCCUACGGCCUUCUCAUUGGUCUCAGCGUUUUGUUCUGCGGUGUCAUUUUGAUUGCCGUCAAGGUACAGAAAGCGUACCUUGCUGAAGAUUCUGGAAAGUCUGAAAUGUUCAUGGUCGCCAAUCGCUCCGUAGGGAGAGGAUUGUGUGCAUCCGCAGUUUUUAGCUCCUGGAUGUGGAUCAACGAGACAGUAUUAUGCGCGGCUAUGACAUAUCGGUACGGUCUUGCAGUGCCGCUGUGGUGGGGAUCUGGUCUAUGCUUCCAAAUUGCACUAAUGGCAGCACUGGGUGUUAUGGCCAAGAUUCGAGUCCCUUAUGCUCAUACAUCGCUUGAAGUCGUUCGGAUGCGCUAUGGCAGGAUUGGACAUCUCGUGUUUAUCGUGUUGAACCUCGUCAACAACGUAUUUGGCUGCGCUUCGAUGAUUAUGACGGGCUCUCAGCUCAUUCAUGGUGUUUCUGGCAUGCACUAUGUAGCAGCAACUAUUCUAGUUCCCCUCGGAGUUGUACUCUAUACAGCAGUCGGUGGCCUGAAGGCCACAUUCUUGACCGACUUUUUGCACACAGCUAUUGCCCUCAUUCUUAUCAUCUACUUCACGAUCGCCGUCUUGACAAAUUCGGCUGUCGGUGGCCUGGGUGGCUUGUAUGAUAAAGUUAUUGCAACGGCUAGGGAUAAUUACAUACCCGGCAACUAUGAAGGUUCACUUCUUACAUUCAAGUCCAAGGAUGCAAUUAUUUGGGGGUUGAUCCUCAAGUUCGGAAACCUGGCACUUGUCGUUAUGGAUACCGCAUUUUGGCAAAAGUCCUUCGCAACCGAGGUCAAGGCAACAGUACCAGGAUAUAAUAUAGCUGCGUUAGCUGUUUUCGGUAUCCCCUGGGGCCUGGGCACAGUCAUCGGUUUGGCAACGAGGGCCAUUCAUGAUACACCUAUCUUUCCGACCUAUCCUGGUAUACUGACUGCCACCGAAGUCAGCUCGGGCAUGGUGAUGCCAUACACUAUCAAAGCACUCAUCGGAGACAAAGGAAUAAUCGGAUUCUUCUUCCUUUUAUUCAUGGCUUUGACAAGUACUGUUUCUUCUUCAAUGAUUGCUGUCAGUAGCAUCUUGUCUUACGACAUCUAUAAGACAUAUCUCAACCCAAAAGCCACUGACAAGCAAAUUGUGGGAGUGAGCCACUUGACUGUGAUUAUCCAUGGUGUCUUUAUCACCGGAAUUUCCAUCGCUCUCAACUAUGGAGGAGCAAACAUGACAUGGAUUGGAUACUUGAGACCCAUUAUCUCAUGCCCAGGAAUUAUUCCUAUGAUUCUCACUUUGUUCUGGUCUCGGCAGACUCGGAUAGCUGCAAUUAUCUCUCCCGUGCUUGGCUUCUUUUCAGGUCUCGCUGUCUGGUUGGCAACAACCAAAUAUAUGUAUGGCACUAUCAACAUAACGACCACUACAAAUCCCUAUCCUGCACUAUAUGCGGCCAUCGCUUCUUUCUUUACGCCAGCUCUAUAUUCUGUUGUCCUCUCACUCUACAAGCCUUAUAAGUUUGACUGGAGGGUAUUCCUUCGAAUUGAGCUCGCAGAUCAAGCACAAGUCCAGCCGUCCUCGGACACAAGCACAUUAAACGAGAGCAGUGAGGAAGAGCACGCAGGUGGUUUGAAGAAUGCCACUGGAUCUGUCAAGCCGGUUGUUGAUCGCCAACCAGAAAGCAUCAACAACGAUCCAGAGCAGGUUAACAUCAGUGAAAAGAACAAAGCUCCAUCGCCGCCUUCCGUGGAGAUUAGCCUCGAUGAAAUCCAGCACCCAUUCGAUGAUGCGACGUUAAAAGAGCUGUACAGAUGGCUCAAGAUUGCUUGGUACAUGUUCGGAGCUAUCGUGCUGAUCACGUUUGUUGCUUGGCCUCUUCCACUAUAUCGCGACUAUAUAUUCACGAGAUCAUUCUUCGCGGGCUGGGUAGUUGUCGGCAUCGUCUGGCAGUUCGCUGCAUUUGGGGCGGUUGUGAUUUUCCCACUGUAUGAUGGACGGCAGGAUAUUGCGAUCGCUUUUGUUACUGUCAUUCAUCAGCAAUCAACUAAGAAGGAGCGUCAGCGACCUACCGAUCUUAACCUCGCAACCAUGCCGGUCGAAUCCCAAAAUAUUUACGACACCCCAGAGUUCUUUGUCGCGUACGGAAACCUCCCUCGAUCUCAACACGGGCUGCGUGCCGCACCAGAAUGGCCUGUCCUGGAGCAUAUGAUCCUCAACCCGAGCUCCUCCCUCACAGGACCAUCAGAAACUCCUUUGAAAGGAUGUCGGAUUCUCGACCUAGGAUGUGGUUAUGGGUGGUUUAUCCGCUGGGCCCGUGAGAAAGGCGCUAGUUACAUCAAGGGAAUCGAUAUUUCCCAAAACAUGAUCAACCGAGCAAAGGAGUUUGAGGCUGAGAUCAAUCACCAAACGAGAAAUGCAACAGAAGUAACCUUCGAAAUCCAAGAUCUGGAGACUAUAGAUUUGAGUCCUCAGCGUGAACAAGAGCCGUAUGAUAUUGUUUACAGUUCCCUGGCCUUCCAUUACAUCGAGGAUAUCGUGAGGCUGUUUCGAGAAAUCCACCGCUGCUUGAAAAAGAGUAGUGGUCAUGAGCCAAGGGGGAGGUUGAUAUUCUCUGUUGAACACCCCAUUGUAACGGCCCCAAUCCAUCCAGGACCGGACUUCAAGGUUAUACGGGAUGCAGGUGAAGAUCGGAUGGUGUGGCCAUUGAAUUCUUACAGAAGCGAGGGCCUGCGUUUGAGUAGUUGGCUGGGCUCAGAGGGAGUGAGGAAAUAUCAUCGCACUGUUGAGACCUACGUCACUGCCUUGCUUGAGAACGGAUUUGUGUUGACCGGGUUGAAGGAUUGGUGUCUUUCAGAGGAGGAUGCCGCAGAGGUGAGGGAAUGA